CGCCGGCGGAGGGAUGGAGGGAUGGAGGGAAGGAGGGAGCCGCGCCGGCGGAGGGAUGGAGGGAAGGAAGCCUCCGCGCCGCCGCGCCGGCGGAGGGAUGGAGGGAUGGAGGGAAGGAAGGAGCCGCGCCGGCGGAGGGAUGGAGGGAUGGAGGGAAGGAAGGAGCCGCGCCGGCGGAGGGAUGGAGGGAAGGAGGGAGCCGCGCCGGAGCCGCGCCGGCGGAGGGGCGGAGGGAUGGAGGGAAGGAGGGAGCCGCGCCGGCGGAGGGGCGGAGGGAUGGAGGGAAGGAGGGAGCCGCGCCGGCGGAGGGAUGGAGGGAUGGAGGGAAGGAGGGAGCCGCGCCGG